AUGUUCAUAGACGUAUCGGAAAUACGUCAAGUUCCCGAUACACAAGAGGUUUUCAUUAAUGAAAUUCCUUCUGAUUCUGGGCAUAGUAAAGAGAAGCAGUUGUUUUAUGACCAGUCUUUGAUUAUUGAUUUGUUGGAACAGGUUUCUUCGCUGGAAUACAAACUGGCUAUAGCUGAACAUAUGCAAGAUAUCGCACCAUCCAGUGCUGAAAAUAUUCCAUUGGAACAAAUGGAAGAUGCAAGCGAUAAUGAGAUUAUGAGAUAUUUUAGCUAUCUUGUUUUCAAGCCUGAAUAUAAAAGACAAGAAAAAAAUCAAGCGACAAAGAUUGUAUUGCUUGUUUGUUUGAUCCGUUUGAAUAAAGUUGAAACUGAUGUUAUUAUACAGUAUGUUAUACCUUUGAAAAGUGGUGAUGAAGUUGGGGAAACAAUUAAUUUCACAAAUCCCAAGAGUGAUGUCGACUCACUAGUCGCUGAGAAGUACAAGUUUUUCAAAGAAAUUUGUACAAAGUUCAAGGUUGAUGAUUGGAAUUUAUUUGCAUAG